AUGGAGUACGUACAGCUACAGCUACAGUUCGGCGCCGAUAUCGCACGCCUUUACUCUUUUACUGAUCCCGGAGAGCUCCGCGCUUUCCUCCAACAUACCUUUUCUUUUAUGUCAAAUGUUAUCCUGCCAGAUCAGAAGGUUUUAUGCGAGCUCGUUGACCUUAACGUCGUCCCUCUCGAGAUGCCUCCCAAACCUGAACCGAUUCAUCUUGAUGAAGUGAGUCGGCGCUUAGAGCUAGAAGCUCAGCGUCGAUCAGAAUUCCGGCGUCGUCAAUUGACUGCAUGGCUGUGGUCUUGGGUUCCCUGGCCUUUCGCCAUAAAGGAACCUGCAGCUAGACAACAGGAAAGCGGAAAAGGGACAAAGAGGGCACGAGAGGAUUAUGACGAGGAAGAAUCUCCGCGCCGACUGCUUGCGCUGCGAUGUUUUCAAAGUGCUGGCGCUGGUGGCUUCAUUCCUCUUGCCAGCGGUGUCAUUGCAGAUAUUGUCAAGCCGGCUGUGCGAGGUUCCUAUAUGGCCUUGGCUACCGUUGCUCCUGUUCUUGUACCUACUCUGGCACCUGUGUUAGGCGGCGUCUUGACCCGGUAUCUUGGGUGGCAUUCCAUCUUUUGGUUGCUGGCUAUUGCAUGGAUCGUUCUGUGUGUCUUGUUUCUCUUCUUCUUUCCUGAGAUCAACCGCAAGCUUGUUGGCAACGAAUCGCAAGUGCCGCCUCGUCUUAAUAAACUGUGA